AUGGCUCUCAAUAGAUUGACAGGUCAGGGUGAGUCUGUAUAUAAGAAGAAAACCCAAUACACAGACAGCACAUUGAAGAAAGAGACCAUUCCUCCCUCAUCAGACAAGAGAAGUGCUAGAACCAUGAAGACGAUGUUUUUAGUUAUCGUGUCAUGUUUGAUAGCGCAUGCGUACGGGCAAUUCAACCCUGUUUUGGAGGUGUCGUCAUGCACUCAAAGUCAGCUGGUCAUCACGCUGACCGGAGCCUCGGACACAGGAACCGUGUACAUACAGGGACGGACAGCGGCGUGUCAACAAACCACUAGCGCCACCGGAACCGUCACCCACACGUUUCUCUUCAGUUCGUGUGGCCUGCAAUGGGAGGAGUCGUUUAAAAUUAUAGUCCAAAAGAAUUCAUUGUACCAGACCGGAGAAGACAAACAGAUUCCGGUCAUGUGUAUAACCGACCUCUCCGACAUAGAAGUGACGAACAACCUUAACGCUCUGGACAAGGAUGACGACGCGGGAAAAAAUUUGACGGUGAAGCCCACCGCCACUAUGACGCUCUACAGUAACGGAGUGGAUGUUGGUGGGGGUAACGUCAAACUGACCGACGCGCUGACCAUGGGGCUGCAACUGGGAGCAGAAUUCGUCAGUGACUUCGACAUCCUCGCCUCGGCCUGCACAGCCUCGGGUAUUCCCAUCAUUGCAGACAGCUGCGCAGCAGACACAGCGUUGUUCCCCAACUUUGCUAAGCCGUUUCAGGGCUACCUUGCAGCUACUUUCGGUGCGUUCAGGACUACGUCACUGGACGGAGGCUCUGUCGCUAUGACCUUCUCCUGCACGCUCAAAGUCUGCCUUGGAUCAUGCUCUCCAGCCGCCUGCUCUAAUGGUGAAAACGGCUACGGAAGAAAGAAGAGAUCUUUGGUCAAGCGUCAGGCUGCCACAGACAACAACGAAAUCGAGGAAAUCAAUGUCGGCGCCACGCUCAAAAUCACCACGGAAUCUGUUGUUUUAGGAAACCCAGAAGAAGAAAACGAAGUUUGUAUGGAGAAGGCUGUCUUCAUUGUGGCCACUCUGGCCGUAAUGACCGCCCUAGUGGCCUCGGCAGUCACCGCCCUGACCUUCGUCAAGAAGAGCCGAGCCAACGCAGACGCACUCAGAAAACUGGAUCCUUCCGGUCUCACAUCCGUCUCGCUUUCGUAA